AUGAGUAACUACGGUCAGGCAUUUGAUGACGAUUGGAUGAAUGUUGAUGCCGCUCCGGCUUCCUAUCAGCCAUUUGUCCCAACAUCGUACAACACGCAAAAUGACUUCGGAUUUGGGUAUAUGCAAACACCGGAGGAAGAAGACUAUAGCAACGAGCCUCCACUCCUAGAGGAAUUGGGAAUUGAUUUCAGUCACAUAUUCAAGAAGAUUCUCGUCGUUUUGAAUCCUCGCAAAUCAAUCGACAACGUCCUCGUAAAUGAUGCAGACCUCAAGGGAAGAAUUCAAUUUGGAUACACGUUCGGUUAUUUCUUCGCCGGAUGCACGCUCAUGUACACUAGCUACAUUCUUUUGAAGCUUCUCAGCGACUCUUCCUCCAACACCAUUUCGCUGACCUCGGUAAUGAGCAUUCUAGGCUAUUCCAUGAUCCCUCUUCUCUUCCUGUGUCUAUUCUCGCUGGUUCUUUCCGUGACCAACAUUCUCGGAUGGGUUGUCUCCGUUCUCUGCAUUCUCUGGUCCUCGUUCUCUGCGUCCCGGUUUAUCGAGCUGCUUCUCGGAAGCACGGACCAGCGAUACAUCAUCAUGUAUCCCUUGGUGCUUCUCUAUGCAGUAUUCGCUCUCAUCACCGUGUUUUGA